GCUAGUUCAGUCAGUGCUUUUUUUACUCGUAGACGACCGGUAUUCGUUCGUCUUUGUUGUACAAUUAUUUGAGAAACACAUCAGCAUUAAAAUGUUACGAAACAUUGUUAAAAUUGUGCGACUGCAAAAAGCUAAUUUCGCUACUGCUACUGCUCCAGCACCUCACACUUACCCUGAAAUUUUGUAUACAGGUCUAUUCAUCAACAAUGAAUGGGUGAAAUCAUCAGAUGGCAAAACUUUCAAGACAGAGAACCCGGCUACAGGGGAAGUGAUCGCAGACGUGCAGCAGGCUGGCAAGACUGAUGUAGAUAUUGCAGUCAAAGCUGCUAAUGAUGCCUUUAAGCUGGGAUCACCGUGGAGGCGCAUGGAUGCAUCGGAGCGCGGAUACCUCCUCAACAGGUUGGCGGACCUCGUCGAGAGAGACAGGACUUACUUGGCGAGUUUAGAGACGUUCGACAACGGCAAGCCAUACACGGCGGCGUAUUACGGGGACGUGGCGGCCGUGAUCAAGAACCUGCGCUACUACGCCGGCUGGGCCGACAAGAACCACGGCCACGUGCUGCCCGCCGACGGGAAGUACUUCACCUACACGCGCCACGAGCCCGUCGGUGUAUGCGGUCAGAUCAUCCCAUGGAACUUCCCUCUUUUAAUGGCGGCGUGGAAACUCGGUCCGGCGCUGGCUACCGGCAACUGCGUCGUCAUGAAGCCUGCGGAACAGACGCCGCUUACCGCGCUCUAUCUAGCUCAGCUGGUUAAGGAAGCCGGGUUUCCUCCGGGCGUGGUCAACAUGCUGCCGGGCUUCGGCGACGCAGGCGCUGCUUUGGUAGACCAUCCUGACGUCAACAAGAUUGCUUUUACUGGUUCCACGGAGGUAGGCAAGCUGAUCCAGCGCGGCGCGGCGGCUAAUAUCAAGCGCAUCACUUUAGAGUUGGGCGGCAAGUCGCCCAACAUCAUCUUCGGCGACGUCGACCUGCCCAAGGCGGUCGAGGCUGCUCAUAUGGCGCUGUUUUAUAAUAUGGGCCAGUGCUGCUGUGCUGGGUCCCGAACGUUCGUGGAGGACAAGAUCUACGACGAAUUCGUGCAGAUGUCCGCUGAGCGUGCGAACCGCCGUGUGGUCGGAGACCCGUUUGACGCGAGCACGGAACAGGGUCCGCAGAUCGACGGCGAGCAGCAGUCCAAGAUUCUGUCUCUUAUCGAGAGCGGCAAGAAGCAAGGCGCGGCGCUGGCCGCAGGCGGCUCCCGCGCGGGCGAGCGUGGAUACUUCGUGCAGCCAACUGUCUUCGCUAACGUGAAGGACGACAUGGACAUCGCUAAGACUGAGAUCUUCGGCCCCGUGCAGCAGAUCCUGAAGUUUUCCUCCAUCGAGGAGGUAGUACAGCGCGCCAACCGCUCGGAGUACGGGCUAGCAGCCGCCAUCUUUAGUAAAGACCUCGACCGCGUCAACUACCUCACGCAGGCAAUCCGCGCGGGUACGAUCUGGGUGAACGACUACAACGUAUUCGCGAACCAAGUGCCAUUCGGCGGCUACAAGCAGUCGGGUAUCGGCCGCGAGAAUGGACCAUACGGGCUGGCCAACUACACGGAAGUUAAGGCCGUCGUGGUCAAACUUACUGACAAGAACUCAUAAGCGAUACAACAG